UUUGACUUAAUGACAAUUUGUUUUUGUGAUAAGCUUAAAGUCUGAAAAGUUAUGUUUUCUAAAUUUGAAAUGUGUAAAAGUUAAAAAUCAUUCAGAUGAUGUAUAUGUAGCACUUGUUUUCAGUUUACCCAUCCAAUAAGUGGCAACAAUAUAACCUUAUUUGAGCGAUUUACUUCCAUUACAUAGUGAUAAUGGCAGAUAUCCUUGUCCUAGACUGGUUAGACGAAUUUGAGUCCUUAACUGAGAGUGAAAUACACAUGUAUUCCAUUGAACAAGAACAUAAUCAUGAGGUUAUGAUGGCCCUGUAUAGUGUUCUAUCGGAGCCCCAAAAGUUCAAAUCUGAUAAUUUGAUUGAUGGAAUAUGUCAACAAUUAUUGAACUUUUAUCGCUCAGGGGAAAUUAAUUUGAGAAGGUUUACUAUCCAAUUCAUUCCUAUACUUGUGUUUUUGCAUCUUUCAGACAAGUCAUAUUCUGCUGUUCAAACUUUGUUGGUUAGUUUAUACAAUCUUGAGGUGAUUGAUUCCAAGGGUCAGCCUCGAACUCUCUCAUUCAGGAUACCCAGUAUCGCACAGUCUUCCAUUUUCCAUGAUUCCAGCAAUUUGGAACCUGCUUUUAUUGCAGAAAGUUCUCUGAGGAGAUGGGAGGAGUGCAACACCAAACUAGUGAGUUGGGGGCCACUGCCUCAGGUUGAGUGUCUAAAUGCCCAGAAUAGACAGAGAGUGGCAACUGCCCUAAUAUUUCUAUACAACCAACAAUUAGCUAAUGUGAUGGAGCAAGGUGUUGAACAGACUUGUAGAGGAAUAUCUAGGUUAGUGAUGCAAGGAUUCAAUAGCACCUUAGGAAGCAACAGAAGUUCAGUUGCAAGUGAUUCCAGUAUUCAACAGACUGUUCGGCCAAGAGUUCCUGUUUCUAGUCCUCUAUUGAUAGAGCUCCUUCACAUUAUAUAUCAUGCUGCAGUACGGUGUGGUGGUGUUGCAGUACAAGCACUCCAUGAUAUUAUGUACAGAGCUCGUUAUGAAACAUUUGCAGAAGUUUUGCUAGCUGCCAACUCUGUUAAAAAUCUCCUUCAGAACUCUCCAACUGUAUCAGCGGCUCCAAGACCUUCUCACAGCCACAGCAUAUCCAAAUCGAUGAUAACUAAUGCCUCCUUCAGAACGAAAAAGCUGCCUGAUGACAUACCCAUCCAAGAUUUGAAUCAGCCCCUCCAGUCUGAAGCUACUUUAGACUCGAUUACUGAAGAGCAAGAAGAUGUUGAAAAAGCCAAAACUAAAGGUUCCUCGGGUGCUCUAAAACACUUGCCAAAAAUUCCCGGGAUAGGCAAAAAACACAAGGUAAAAAACAGUUCUCAACUAGGAGAAUCACAGCAGAUUGAACUAACGGGGAGUGGCGAUACACUGAAUGAAUCUCUUGUCAACGAUGUGAAUCAUUCUGUACAUGUAAGCGCGGUGUAAGAUUAAAACGAGAGUUAAAUUAGCAGACGAUACUUUUAGGUUAGUAAGAAAAUCAAAUAUACCAUGUAUCAUGUUUACUUUAGAAGAAGAUAUAUCCGUUAGCCUUUUGAAGUUUUUAAUGAUGGAUUUUACAGAAUUUUCAAAAUUCUGUACAAACAGCAAUGAUCUAGACUAUCAAAAGUAGUUUUCUUUAUUGAUUAUUGAAUUGCAUAUAUGUUUUCAAAGAUGUCUGAUUCUCUUUCAAAAACUAUUUUAUUAUGGUGAAUUGUUGAUGAUUAAUUCACCAUCUGCACCUGGUACUCUGUUCCGUCAUUUACAAGUUAUGUGACUACAAUUGUAUCAAUGAACGAUUUUCAUGUAAAAUUUGAUUUGGCAUUCAUCACUCCACAAAAAAAUGAUCAUAUUCUAUUUGAAAACAGUGAACAUAUGUUCCUCUAAUUUCCAAAUACUAACCUGGAGGUAUCGCUUUUAGGAUACUUGAAAAUAUAACUUAUUUUUUCUAUAAAAGUAUACAAUAUAAUCAUUUCAGAUUUUGAAUGUAGUAGUACUCAAACUUGUACUUUUUUGAAAAAUAUUAAAUCCUAAACAAUGCCCAA